UUGGUGCCUGAGAAGUGAGAAUUGAGGAUUUUCUGUUAUACUCGAAACCUACGGUCACUACCCGAAACCGGCUCGGCAUCUCACUCCGCUGGUUAAAAGCGCAACUCCGGAGGGUGGCGACGCACGCAAACUGCGACUUCGCAGAUAAUGUCAUCUGACGACUAGUCUGAUUCGCUUCCCAGUCCAUCAACGGCUUUAAUUUCUCCAAAAGCUAUCGCCGGCGAGCCUUCCCUCAUCCUGGAGUUAUUGGCACGGUCCUCUAGCUUUCUCGUCUGAUCCCACCCCACCAUCCCCCGAAGCAGGCAGUCCUCUCCAGGAUCUAUUGUAUCCGGCGUGUUACAGAGCCAUUGGCUCCCCCUCCCGGGCGAUUGUUCAGUAUCGGGGUUUAGCUUCGAUUUUGAGUACGCUGCUGCGCAGCUCUGAACGCUUGGAGAGGGGAUGAGUUUGAGCGAGAGCUUAGGAGUGAAAAGGAGGAAAAACGGCGGUUGGUUGGGGCGGCAGCAGAGGAGAAAUCGGGGGAUCGUGGUGUUGGUUGGGGUGAUAGGAUUCUUCUUUCUGGUGAACUGGUGGAUGUUUUUUCGGCUGCAGCACGAUCCCUCCGCUCGCCGGAAGGAGACAUCUGUUAUAUUGAAUUCUACGUUGCCGGUACAGGGAAAGCAAAAUAAAAUUGCUAAAGUUAGAAGACAUCGUCAAGUAAUGUAUAACAGGCUUCUGGCAUUGGCUGCACAUGCACUAGCAGAUGGAGAGGGCAAACCUGAACCUCAUGAUUUGUGGAAGGAGACGCUUGUUCACACUAUUUCCUGGAAACCUUGUGCUGAUCAAAGGACUUGGGAACCAAGUGAGGGGGCAAAUGGUUACAUUCUAGUCAGCGCAAAUGGUGGCAUUAGCCAGCAAAGAGUUGCUAUUUGCAAUGCUGUUGCCAUUGCUAGGUUCCUUAAUUCUAUUCUAGUUCUUCCAAAAUUUCAAUAUAGCAACGUCUGGCAGGAUGCAAGCCAGUUCAGCGAUAUAUAUCAGGAGGAGUAUUUUAUCAAAUACCUACAAGCUGAUGUUAAAAUCGUGAAGGAGCUGCCAGUUGAACUGCAGUCAUUAGACUUGGAGGCCAUAGGUAGUCUUGUAACUGAUGCAGACAUAAUGAAAGAGGCAAAGCUAAGUUUUUAUAUGAAAAAGAUUUUGCCUAUCUUGCUUAAAAACAAGGUGGUCCAUUUUACUGGAUUUGGUAAUCGCCUAGCUUUUGACCCCAUACCAUUAGAUUUACAGCGUCUGCGGUGUAGGUGCAACUUUCAUGCGCUGAGAUUUGUUAAUAAAAUACAAGAAACUGGUUCGUUGCUGGUUCAGAGGAUGCGCCAUCAUAUAUCACAAUGGAGCUUUUUGGAACGUAAUCUGCUCGGUCCACCUGCGGCCAAAUCUAAUCAUAAUGCAAAGGCUAUCAAGUCAUCCAGAUAUUUAGCCAUACACCUUAGGUUUGAAAUUGACAUGGCUGCAUAUUCACUGUGCUAUUUUGGUGGUGGAAAGGAAGAAGAGGAAGAACUAGAGGCAUAUCGAGAAGUCCAUUUUCCUGCAUUGAAUACCCUGAGGAAAACUACAAAAAUGCCUUCUCCAGACGUUUUGCGAUCUGAAGGUCAGUGCCCUCUCACACCUGAAGAGUCAGUACUCAUGCUUGCUGCUCUUGGUUUUAAGCGUAAAACAAAGUUGUAUGUUGCUGGUGCUGAUAUUUAUGGUGGGAAGUCAAGAAUGGCUGCUUUGAAGAGUUUGUACCCCAAUUUGGCAACAAAGGAAAGCCUUCUUUCUCCCUCUGAAAUUGAACCGUUCAGCAACUUUUCUUCUCAGUUAGCUGCCCUAGACUUCAUUGUAUGUUCUGCUGCUGAUGCAUUUGCCAUGACGGACUCUGGAAGCCAGUUAUCAUCUCUUGUUGCUGGCUAUCGCAUAUAUUAUGGGGGUGGAAGACACCCUACCAUAAGACCAAAUAAGCGCAGAUUAGUUAGCAUUUUUGCAAAGAAUUCCACAAUAGAAUGGAAGCAAUUUGAGGUAAGAGUUAGGAAAACAGUUAAGCAGAGCAAGAUGGUUUAUGAAAGGCCUGUAGCUAGAAGUAUUUACAGACAUCCAAGAUGUUCACAGUGCAUGUGUUCAGUUAGUUGAUUCGUAGAACCAGUAUUUUCCAUCUAUUCUUACAGCAAAUGAUUGGUGUUUUAGGAGCUCUAAUGCUUAUAGGGAGGACUAUGUGAUUGUUUUAUUGAAUUAGCAGGAUUCAGAACCAUGAGUUGAUUCAGAAAUUUUCCCUUCAAUUUGAAUCCUUAGUGUCUGACUUGUCUUCCAAGGUUAAUCAGAAAGAUGUGUUUGACUGGAAAACAUGUAACAAAGAAAAUGAAAUGGUUUAUACCUUUGGAGAAGUUCUUCUCCACAAUGGAUGAUGAGGUUUGCUUGUUAAAAUGCUAUUAUUUCUGUAUUUCAACAAAUAUAUUUACUUAUUUCAUUUAAA